AUGUCCCUCAAUACAGUAAGCAGCGGCCUAAACAAAGGCCUACCGACCGACACCGUCACCAAGACCGCGUCAGGAACCGUCAACCAGACCACACAACAACUCAACAACACCACCGACAGAGUCACCGACCAAGCCAUCCCAGGCGAGUAUCCCUCCGACGACGCAAAAUAUGACAAACCCGCACCAGACAUCUCCUUCUCAGCCAUCUGGUCCUCCUUUAAGGCAUGGCUCUUCUCCUUCUUCCCCAACCUCCUCGACCGCUUCGAGAACUGGGUCAAGGGCCUCAUCGCCUGGAUCCUCCCGCCUCCGCGCCAGGCCAAAAUGUAUGAAGCGAUUCUGAAGCGCCCCAUCGCGUCAUCGUUCAUCAUCUGCCAGCUCGUCUGCUGUGGGGUUCCACUGCUGGUGUUUCUAGCCGGCGUGUUUCUCUUUGCGGCUGUUGCGGUGCUGCUCUGGGCGGUGCUCUCGUUGCUCUUGGCGGGACCGAUCUUGUUGGUUGCGAGUAUGAUGGGGGUGUCGCUUUGGGGAUGGGGGUGGGUUUUGUACGGGAUGGUCAAGUUUAUUGAUCAGCAUUUCCUGGGUGGGACGAUUACCCGGUUCUGGUUGGCUCAUAGUCAGGAUCAGGGGGACGAGCCGGAGGGUGAGGGUGAGAAGGAUGAGAAGGGUGAGAAGACAGGGACCGAUGAGAAGAGUGAGAAACCGAGGAAACCGAAGAAACUGGAAGUGAAGAAGGAUACUUAG